UACUUCACCUCUUAUCAAGCAACCUCAGUGACACACAGAGAGCCCACAUGGCCAUGUAAGGGGCUCCACGGCCCACUGCAGGCUAUGAUAGGAGGGUGUCUGAUAAGAUGGGCUGAACAUAAAACCCUAUGCAGCAUCGCAAAUUGGCCGAGAGUCUACAUGCAUUCAUUCAGACAUGGCAAGUAAAAAAGCCUCCAAUAAAAGGCAGAGGGGGAAUCAGAAGUCUUGCUCCAAUGUGUUUUCAAUGUUCGAGCAGUCGCAGAUACAGGAGUUCAAAGAGGCUUUUGGCUGCAUUGAUCAGGACAGGGACGGGGUAAUCAAGAAGCAGGACCUGAAGGAGACCUACGCUCAACUCGGAAAACUUAACAUUAAGGAUGAGGAGCUGGAAGAGAUGCUGAAUGAAGGGAAGGGUCCGAUCAACUUUACUGUGUUUCUGACACUUUUUGGGGAGAAACUCAACGGGACCGAUCCUGAAGACACCAUACUUGCUGCUUUCAAACCUUUUGACCCCAAUGGGACUGGUUUUGUUAAUAAGGAUGAGUUUAAACGAUUACUGAUGAAUCAGGCUGAUAAAUUCACUGCAGAAGAGGUGGAACAGGCAUUCACUUUGGCACCAAUUGACCCAAUCGGAAACAUCGACUACAAGCAGCUCUGCUACAUCAUCACACAUGGAGAUGAAAAGGAGGAAUCGUAACAGGCCAUAUCUGCAGUCAAGAAACAUGGCUACUGCUGAGGAAUAACUAUUGAGAGAUAAAGUAGAUUUUUUAAAGAUAUUUAAAGUGGUGUAUUACGUCAACUGCCCUUCUGUUCUUAUGAGAAAAUGCUGUACUGAAAGACAUUAAAAAUAAAGUGCUGGACUCCCUCCAAAAAUGAGAUAAACAAUUAGUAAAAUUAUUAUUUGGUCUGGAAAUGAUUUGGUGAUUUGAUUUGCAAAUAAAUACAUCCCAUUUGAUAGGAUCUGACAUGUCUCAAAAAUGCUCUUAACUUCUUCAAGUUUGAAGCAAACCUGAAAACAUAAGAUAUUUAAUUGAUUCCAAAGGGAAAUGUUGUUGUAACUCAUAUUAAUUCCAGUUCUUCUAAAGAGUCAUUGUAGAUAACGAUGGAAAGCUCUCCUGUAGGCUACAUACUAAUAUGAAAAAGUGUUCCAAAAAUGAAUGUUUCCAGAACAGAAGCACAACGAAAAAGAUCAAUAAAGCUAUAAGCAGUGUUCGCACCUUCAGGUAAAAGGUUGAUUUCAGUAAAGUAAUACGUGUUUGAAGAUCCCUAGUUAGAAUCUUUUCGUUUUGCUUUGUUUUUGUUUGGUGGCUCCGUUACCAUGGAUUCAAAAACAAACAGCCCCAUAAACUCUUUAGCCAAAUUUUCCAACACAUGAAUUAAAGCCCAACUGCCUUGGUUGGGAAUAUUUGCAGUUUCUUCUUUUCACAACGUCAUCAUUGCAAAGAAGAAGAAAUGCCUCUUGUGCAGACAGAAAAAACCAACCUAGAUGUAAAAUCGAAUCCAAACAAUAAUAAGGACCCAGAUUCACUGAAGUUUCGAAAACUAAAGCAUCAGGAUGAGACCUGUAUGAUAAGGUUUGAGGAGCUUAAAGUUAGCUUAGAUGUACCGCCGAAGACCCCCUGUCCCAUAGAGUGCAAAAUCCCAGCUAACCUCGGCCUUCAAGUUCCUAGAGAGAAAACGACUCAGACAAGCGUCUGCCAGCGGUGCGUGGACCACAACGGAGCAAGAGCAACAGCAGCAACAGCAGCAGCAGCAGCAGCAGCAGUAGCAGCAGCACAAAGACCCGAAACAAGGCUGUGUGUUAUACUGUGAAACCAACACUUCACCCUGAUGUUCAGUCGACUGGACUGUUAUGCAUAGUAUCAAUCACUGAGAAUAAAACCUUCUGCAUCUGU